AAUAUACAUACUACAUAGGGCCGGUUGUUCGAACGCUAAUCAAGAAUGAUCAUUAUCAAAUAAUUAAUUACUGUCAAUGUCAACUUUGUUUGGGUUGUUAAAAAGUCUGUGGAGUCUAUAAUCAAUUAAUAUAACAAUCAUUAUUAACAUAAUUAAUAAUAAAUCUCAUAAUUGUAAUUAAUUAUGUUUUCAGCAACCCAAACAAAGUUGACAUUGACAGUUUUGGUGACAGUAAUUAAAUAUUUAAUAAUGAUCAUUGUUGAUUAGCGUUCGAACAACCGGCCCUAAAUAUAAAAUAUAUUUAUUGUUGAUCUAUUUGAUUUAUUGUUGAUUUGAUUUGUUGAUUUAUUUGUUGUGGAUUAAGAUCUGCUGCUAAAUUAUUUAAAUGGCUCAGUGCAGUGAGUGCAAGAAAAACUUUUCCAAUGAUUAUAAUUUGAGAGUUCAUGUAAAAAGAAAACAUGCAGAUAAAUUAGACAUUCUAUGUCCAAGAAAAAGAAAACCCUCUGGGUCAGGUGUUAAUGAAUGCAAAGAGUGUGGCAUAAAUUUUACCCGACUUGAUAAUUUGAGAUCCCACAUUAAACAUAAACAUUCAGAAGCUGCAAUAAAAAGUCAAAAAUGUAGUGAUAAGAAGGUGGCGGAGCAAGAAAUUGGACGAUGGUUGAGGAGAGCCGGGGAAUGCUUAAAAACUUUCAAGGAAAAGGAAUCAGAAUAAAAAUUGAAUUUAUUUUUUUUAAAUAAUAAAGAUAUAUUCGCCUA